AUGACACUGCAAUACUCAGCAAAGAACCUACCAAAGCAAAUCUUCAUCAACAAUGAGUAUGUUGACUCAAAGUCGCCGAAGAAGCUUACUCUCCACAACCCCAAAAACGGGGAGCUACUCGCAGACGACUGCCCUCUGGCAGGCGAACAGGAUGUGGAUGCUGCGGUCGAUGCGGCGGAGAAGGCGUUCCCAGCAUGGAAGAAGAUGAGCGCGAAUCAGCGCAGAGGCAUCCUGAACAAGUUCGCAGAUCUUAUUGAGAAGAACGCAGAGGGUAUUGCACAGUUAUCGCGAAUCUCGCUGGGCGCACCAGCAGCGUUUGGUGCUUUCGAGAUUGGGCUUUGCGCCGAGGUCUUCAGAUACAAUGCUGGCUUCAUCGACAAGUUCGGUGGCGAGUCAUGGCCCCAGGAAGACGGCUUCCUCAAGAUUGUUCGUAACGAGCCCCUCGGUGUCACAGCUGGCAUCGUCCCCUGGAAUGGACCCAUCGGCACCAUUGGUCUCAAAGCCGCCCCAGCUCUGGCAACAGGAAACUGCUUCAUCCUCAAGCCCUCAGAAAAGACACCUUUCUCGUCACUUGCUCUUGGUACGCUCAUCAAAGAAGCUGGUUUCCCACCUGGUGUCUUCCAGAUCCUCUCCGGGGAUGGAAGCACUGGCGCUUUGAUCGCAAGCCACAUGCGCAUCCGCAAAGUCAGCUUCACAGGCUCCAUUGCAACCGGCAAGAAGAUCCAAGAAAUGGCCGCAAAGUCGAACCUCAAACGCGUCACCCUCGAGCUAGGAGGAAAGUCCCCCGCCAUAGUCUUCGACGACUGCAACCUUGACAACGCAGUGACAUGGACCGCCAACGCCAUCACCGCGAACACAGGCCAAGUCUGCUUCGCCGCCAGCCGUGUCUACGUCCAAGAAGGCAUCUACGACGCCUUCAUCGAAAAGUACAAGACAGCGAUGAAAGACAAGACAAAGGAAGUCGGUGACCCAGAUGACACAUCAACGAAUAUCGGUCCAUUGGUCGACGAAGCCCAAUUCAAACGUGUACAAGGCUUCAUCGAGCGCGGCCAACAAGGCCAAGGUACCCUCGCCGUUGGCGGCAAACGCAUCGGCACAUCAGGCUACUACCUCGAGCCCACCGUCUUCACCGACGUCGACCCAACAUCCGAAAUCCACUGCGAAGAAAUCUUCGGCCCCGUCUCCGUCGUCAAGUCUUUCAAGACCGAGGAGGAAAUCAUGGAGCUUGCCAAUAAUACGAACUUUGGACUUAUGGCCGGUGUGUUUACGCAGGAUAUCAACAAGGCGUUGCGGGUUGCGAGUGACUUUGACUCGGGUAUGGUGGGCGUAAACUGUGAGCGUGAUGUGGGCCACGGCUCCAAGAUAGCCAUGUCAGUUCUGCUGAGGAGUCAGAGUUGCGAAGGCGACACUUGUCCUCGAUGUGGCACCAUCAAAGUUGACAUGGAUGCGGAAGAACUUUCCCAAUGCACAGUCUGUGGAUUAAGCUGGGCUUUGCAAAAGUCCAGUCCUCCAGACACGUUAUCGGGCGCAGACCGCGUUCGAGAAGCCAAGUUGAACCAGCCGUUGAAGCGAGAUAUAUUUGCGUCGGCUGAAAACGAGUCCAUCAGCUCAUCGACAUCCUCGCCCGAUCCUGCCGAAGUUGCGCUACCUUUGAUUGAAAACGAGGAUACUCAAAGCUUCAAAACAGUUCAUAUUCAGUCACAGAAUGCCAGUGCCGAUAAAGAAGAGAUUACAUCGACCCCUUUAUUGCUGGAGCAUGCUUUCAAUAUCCGGAACAUUCGACCUUGGCAACAUCGCUCCAGCAGAGGCCUGUACACGUCGAGGAAAGGAUACAGCCGUGGAGUCGAAAUUGCGAAGUCAACUGCAUGUUUGAUCCGCCAUCAAAGAAAGGAAGAAAUGCAACGGCUGUGGUAA